AUGGUACAUACCCCAUCACCAUCCAAGCGCUCGCAGAACAGUGUCUCACCCUCCUUCCAGUCGGGAAAGAACGAAAAUGCAGUCCCAACAAACCUCAUCACAUACAAGGGACGCCGCAUCCCAGCGCGCAUAGACCCAGAUGCAAGCAUUCUCCGCGUCGUGGAGAUCAUGGCCAAGAGCUUUGGCGCGCCAGAACACCACAUUACGCUGGCUCUGCGCGACGAGAAUGACAACCUCGUAACACAGACGAACAUUGGUGCCAAAGUGUCGUCCAAGGAGACGCUCAAGCUCGUGGCCGCUCCCGUGACCGAGGCUCUUGCUGUUGUUGCCUCGCUGCAUGCCGCCAACGACAAGCCCGGAGAGGCCGGCGACCCCAUCGUGCUGCCCAACAACGCCGAGGUGCUGCCGCCGAAACUCGCCCUGUUCAACCUGCAAAAGUACAUCAAAGAGGACGACUUUGCCGUCGAGUUUAUGCUCAAGGGCGGCGUCAAGCUCCUCGUCGACAUGCUGGAGAAGGAAGGUACCGGUGCGCUAACGGGCAACUCGCUGGCGUACGCUCUGCAGGGUAUCCGCGGUGUCAUGGACUAUGACAAUGGCUGGGGCGACCUGUCCGACGCGUUCAUCGACCGCGUCAUCGUCGUGCUCGCGAGCUCGAGCGCACCCAACGUCGUUCGCCCAGCCACUGUCAUUGUCCGCAAGCUCAUGGUGGCGUCACCCAAGGCCCACUCGUCCGGAAAGGGCAAGAGCAAGGCCCGUGAGGGCGAUUCCGUCAACCAGUACGGCUUUGACCGCGUCUUUACGCGUAUCGUCGACGUCGGACACAUGGUCCCCGAUGAUCACGGCGGCUCGCCCGCAGAAGCCGUCUUCCGCCCCAUUGUCAAGCGCUUGGAGGGAACCCGUGACCUCGAGCUCGUUGCCCAGAGUCUCGCCCUCAUCAACGCGGCGCUGCGCUCGGCCCAACAAGAAGGCAGCAAGCGGUACUCUGACCUCAUCACGGUGAUUGAGGCUCUCGGCACUCGCAAAUACGUUGCGCGCCUCAUCCCCUCGAGUCAAAACAACCCUGUCGAGACCCGUAUCUUUGAUUUCCAGACCCGCUACGCAAACGUCCUGCGCUACCACUCGCUCCGCCCGGUGAAGCCGCAAAACAACCCCACACAUGAGCGGUACCUCGACGACGUCUGGCAGACGGGCCGCCUGGACUCGGAGGACGGCGGAGGCCACAGGGCGUCGCCGCGCCCCAGCAUGCAGGACUACCAGUCCUCUGGCCAGAGGACGUGGGACGGCUGGCGCAGGAUGGGUCUCUCGAUCGACUAUGUCGAGGCGUCGGACCCGCUGAAUGAGACGGAGCUGUUCCGGUCAAUAGGCGAGCUGGGUCUCGAGUGCCUGCACUACUACGCCGUGCACGAGGACAACUUCCACAGCGUCGUGCUGGAGCAGCUCGCCCGCCCCGCUGACAGGCGGUGCCCGAUCGGCAAGGCGUCGGCAGAGUGCGUCAAGGUCCUGUACGACCACUACAAGAUUUCGCAGUCUGCGCAGCGCGGCGCGUCCCAUUUCCAGCCGUUCAUGCUCAAUUUCCCGCGCCUGCACUCGCUUGUCCUCAAGUUUUUCCUGCGCAUGUGGCAAGACUCCGAGUCGCGUCUGGACGACUUUGAGCGCCUGAGCUACUUGGUCCGGAGCCAGGUCCGCCAGACCCUCGCGGACGAGCACAGCAAGACGUGGCUCGACCUCGAGCACGACUUUUUGGGCGCCGACUACCGCAACAUCCGCGAGGGCCAGAUGGAGAUGAUUGACAAGGAGGACGGCCUGCUGGAGCGUCCGGCCGUCGCGGCGCUGCGCGCCAAAGUCGGCCACGAGGCGUACGAGGUCAUGGCCGAGCAGCGCGUCAUCUGCAUGCAGCAGGGCGGCUGGUUCAACACUGCGCAUGUCCUCAAGUCGGGCAUCGACGUCACGACGAGGGCCAACCCGACCCGUCCGCACCGCUUCGUCCGCUUGUCGCCCAACCGCCGCCAACUGGGCUGGAGCGAGUACACUGUGCGCCCAAAGGAGAAACCCGCGUUUGAGCAGCUGCGCGAGAAGAUCGACCUGGCCAACAUCUCCGAGGUGCGCGUCCAGACGGGCUGCGCCGUUGGCUCGCGCUCGCCCGACACAGUCUCCAAGAACAGCUUCUCCAUCAUGGCCUCGCCCGAGCUGUCGCUCUUGGACCUGGACGCCAUCCACGCCGCGCAGUUUGCAGAGUGGGUCGACGGCCUGCGCGUCCUCAAGCAGGAGGUUCCCAUGAGUACCCAGGAGAGCGCCAAUUACAUGCACAUCCUCACUGAGCUCGCGCUCAAGGUCCGUCUCCUCGAUAUCACGGGCGACGGCAUUGAGAUUCCGCAAAAGGUCACGUUUGGAACGGCGCCCAAGAGCACCGACUUUUGGUUUGCCAGCUAG